CCGCCAAAUUGGUCAACGUUUGAGGAACACUGCUUCAGACAAGCAUGUCAUAUAAUUACUAUUCAGACGACAGGAACCCAGGGCGCCAAAACCGUCAUCGUUACGACAGGAGUCCGUUCAGGUACUCUGGACAGUCUGGUGACAGCGACAACUACAGCGGAUCUGACUCGGAAUCCUACAGUGGAUCAACAGGAUCUGGAUCCGACAGUAGAUCUCCAAGCCCACACUCGCACCAAAAAGGAGCAGGAGGAAAAGAUUUCUUGAAUUUCGGACCGAAACUCAACUUCGCUAAGAACCUGAAAAAACUUGGUUCCGAACUUGAACAGAAGGCGAAGCUCAAGGUCAAUAAAUUGGUGCCUGCGGAGCUUGAGAACAAGGUGAGGAAACAGCUGGGGAAGCACAAGCUGCAGCGGGAAGACUCGGACGAGGUCGAAGCAAGAAACGAGCAGCAGAGACAUCGGCGCAGGAGACGUCAUCGCGGACACAGGAAGCAGUUUGCACAGGAGCAGUGGAGAGACAGGAACAGUGCCAGACGUGUGAGGGGGCCAGAAGAUCGCAUCUACGACCCAGACCUAGAUCCAGAGAUUCCCAACGAAGAAUUGUUAGAAAACACCUGGGUACAAGACAACAUGGUGUUCGGACCUACCAUCAAGCACUUCAAGGGGCAGAACUACUCGGACCUGAAGAAGGAGUGUGAAGAGAAAGGAGAGUUGUUCACAGAUCCAGAGUUCCCCCCUACAGAGGAGAGCCUGUGGUACGACCAGGCCAUCCCCGCACGUAUAGAAUGGAAGAGGCCAAGAGAGCUGUGUGACAACCCCCGCCUGUUUGUGGAGGGUGUGUCUGCUCACGACCUGAACCAGGGGCAGCUGGGAAACUGCUGGUUUGUGGCCGCUGUCGCCAGCCUCACUCUGGAGAAGGAGCUAUGGAAGGAGGUCAUCCCAGAGUACAAGGAGCAAGAGUGGGACCCUGAACACCCCGAGAACUACCAGGGCAUCUUCCGCUUCCGUUUCUGGCGCUUCGGAACCUGGACAGAGGUCGUAGUGGAUGACCUUCUGCCGACCGUCAACGGCCAGCUGGUCUACAACCGGUCCAAGGACCAGAACGAGCUCUGGAGCUCACUGCUGGAGAAGGCUUAUGCCAAACUUGCAGGUUGUUAUGAAGCCCUACAGGGGGGGAACACACUGGACGCCCUGGUGGACUUCACAGGGGGGGUGGCCGAGCCCAUCUCUCUGGAUAAGGGGGGGUACCGGGAGGAUGAGGAGAAGAAGGAGAAACUGUUCAAGGUCAUGCACAAGGCAGCAGAGAGAGGGUCACUUCUCACCUGUAGUAUCAGGGUGACCUCUAGAGCUGAGAUGGAGGCUAGUACAGAGAUGGGCCUGGUCAAAGGUCAUGCCUACAGUGUCACAGCUGUGAAGAAGGUCAAGGUCGGGGAGUCUGGCAUGCUGAGUGGGCUUCUGGGUAAUCAGGAGAAGAUCUACAUGAUCAGGAUGAGGAACCCCUGGGGUCAGAAGGAGUGGAGGGGGCCGUGGAGCGACGAUUCUCCUGAGUGGCAGCAGGUCAGCAGUUCUGAGAAGGAAAAGCUUGGGUUGGUCAAAGAGGAUGAUGGCGAGUUCUGGAUGAGUUUUGACGACUGGAUCACCCAUUUCUCGGACGCGGGAAUCUGUCGCCUGAUCAACACGUCCCUCCUCAGUAUCCACAAGACGUGGGUGGAGUCUCGCGUCUUCUCGCGCUGGAGGAGCGUUCCCGGAGACCCCACCCACAACCGCGCCGGCGGCUGUAUGAACAACAGGGACACCUACCUACAGAAUCCACAGGUUCUGUUUGAUGUAGACAAGGAUGAGGACACAGUUCUGAUCUCCCUGUCCCAGCCAGACACACGACAGUCUCGCAAGGAGGGCAAGCAGGGCAACCUGACCCUCGGGUUUGCUGUCUACAGGGUUGAACUGAACAGGAAGUACCGUCUGCACACCAUGAAGGAGAAGGUGGCCGACUCUAUCUACAUCAACACCCGCAGUAACUUCAUCCGCACAGAGCUGCGCCGUGGCCGCUACGUCGUCAUUCCGACCACGUUCGACAAGGACGAGGAGGGAGACAUGAUGCUGAGGAUCUUCACCGACACUGACAACAACUGCAAGGAGUUGUGUAAGGACCAGCCGACUGCCUCGUGUUUCUCUGGAAUCCUGGGAUAUCCCCAGGCUGUGACAAGUGUCCAUCUCCUGUCAGCUACAGGACUCUCCAAGAAACAGGACACAUAUGCAGUCAUCAAGUCUGGUAACAAGUCAGUGAAGACGAGGGUUAUUGAAGAUAACAGCAGUCCUGAGUAUGAUGAGGAAGCCAUCUUCUACCGCAAGGACCCCAGGAACCCUAUCAAGAUCCAGAUUUGGAAGAAAGACCUGAUCAGAGACGACUUGUUGGGCGAGGCCACCAUGAUGUGUGAGGUCAACAACGCCACCAAGCAGCACGUGGUGCAACUGCAGGACAAGGAUGGGGGAGGGGACGUGUCAGGCAGUCUCAGUGUCUCCGUCACCAGUCACGACGAUCUCAUGGCAAUCUAGAUAUCUCAGCUAGAAAGACUUUAAUUUUUAGCAUACUAGAAAUGUUGUCACUAGAUACAUGUAGAGGACAUUCACUUUAUUAGACUACAUUAUUACACUUACCAAAUGUACUGUAGGUCACUUUCAGAGGCUUUUCCUAUACUUUGUGUAUUUUAGCAGAUGUUGUGUUAUCUUGUGUUAUUCUUUGAAUUGGCAGUCUUGUUCUCAUGCAUACAGCAUAUUCCUUCUUUUAUUUGUUUUUUAUGUUUUUCAUUUAUUUUUUUCUGAGUAGCUGCAAGCUGACUUGCUGCCUAUUUAGUCUAAUUUUGUGUAGCUGUUAUAAUGAUGAUAGAUGACAUUGAGGAUUAUUUCAUCUUUUAACUCUUGUAGCUAGUUGAAGUUACCCUCUUACCUGUUUUAAAUGUUUUUAACGUUUAGCAUGCUGUACCUGUACUAGUACAAACAUAUGUAGUUGUAGAGCUGUUGAAAACAUUCUUACCCCAAACAUUGGAGAAUUUGGCAGGGUAAAAUGAAAUCACUGAUCUCUACCACAGCUGUGCUAACACAAAGGACUUACAAAUCAUAAUACUAAGCAAUAUAUUAAAAAUGCCUUCAAACCUUAGCUACAUGGACAAUUGAACCUGAAAACCUUGCAGUCUUUCACUUCAUUCUGCUGCUUGCACCAAAGCUACAAAUUGAACAGGCAGAAAUGGAAUGCAAUAAGUGUUUAAGCCAGUCUGAAAUUGUAUGUUGAACAUGUGUGUUGCUAGCCUGGCUAGCAUCUGGAUUUUCGCUCCACAAUGCUCGAAAAAAUCACGUGGCUAGUGUGUUGCCUGCCAGAGGACAUAAUUGUUUUGUUACAGAGUUCUAGAGAUAAUUUUUAUGAAUCAUGGAUGGCUGAAAUAUUGAACAUCAUUAUGAUGGUUUUAGAAAAAAUUAUCUUCAAGUUGAUAAAUGAUUGACCUGCAUGAACCAAACAGAUGUGAAUUUAAAAAAAAUGUUGCAAAUGUCCCUCUGAUCUACAAACUACUUUUAUUUUAUUUACCAGACUAAUGUACCAAAACAAUAUGACUGUGCUUUCUGGCAGUGGAAAAAAUGAAUUGAAUGCACGUACAUGCAUUUUUAAUAGACUAUCAGCAUGUUCAGAAAGGUUCUUGUGUAGUGUUGGUAUGAAAAUUAAAAAGAAAAAUGAAGAAAUCGACUUAUUGCUACUGUGGAAAGUUGCUGUGGAAAACUAGACAUUCCAAUUAAGAGUUGCAUGCAAGAUUGUCUUCUUGGCAAAGAAUUUAGAUAUUGAAGAAAAGAGAAUUGCUCUAUUUUUGCAGGCUUUAUACCUUUCCUGGUGACAUUAGUUAGCAUUUACGUAGUACUAACAGUUACCCUUUACACCUUUUGUAGUUUUACAGUUUUCUCUACUAUUGACUGUUUUACAAUGCCGUCUCUUUAGGUAAAGUUACUGUGUGAUGCACCCUAAAAAGUCAUGGAUACCAUCAUGUAAGAUCUAGAAAUGUGUAUGGAUCUAGUACCGAAAUUCAUUAAUUUUCUGGGUAACAUCUGAAACAAUGUGUUUUAGAUUUUAGACUCUUAAAACCAAUGAGUUUUAGAGAUUGGUAGAUAUCAGUAAGUGAUUAAAAUUGUGUGGGUUAAACAUAUUUUGUAGUUAAUUGUAAUAAGAUACAUUGUAAUCUGUAUGUAGAAUUGCUUCCAGACUCCAUGAUAUCUUGUGAACUUUGGUUGAAACUGUGACACAUUUAGUAAAAUGUAGUUUUGUGACUUGCAUAAAUGUUCCAUAGCAUAAACAUGUGAAAAUCUACAUGCAUGUUUUCCUUGUCUUGGUGUGUAAAGUCAUUGUUGCAAACUUCAGUGCUUAACUAGCUUGACAAAAGUGUUAAUCAGUACACAAAUGUAGAUGCUGUCUUUGUUGCAUUCAUAUCCACUCUAAAUUUGUAGUAAUUAAACAGUUUUGGAGGAAGAAUCUUUAAGUGUCUUUUAGAUUACUAUGAACUUCCUUGAAUCUCUAAUUUGUUACUUAACCAAAGUACGGUUAGGGUAAUAUUAACAGAUUUUUUCACCACUGAUUUGUACCUUUCACAUACAGAUAUAUCAAGACUUUUCACUUUUGCAAGUUUCACAUUUUCACAGUAUAUUUGGCACCAUUCUUUGUGAUGUGUUCAUUAAAUCAUGUGGGCUUGA